ACUGCACUCGAAGCCCAUACGUCGAAACGCUAAAGGAACAGGAUGUGGAAGACUGCAGCAACGCGUUUGCCCCGAAGGCUACAGGCGUCUACGGUUUUUACUCGUGGCCUUGCCUCGUCGGCGUAUGUGGAUCCUCAGCGAGCGAAGGAACCUGCAGUUUCAACUACACCGGAUGAUAUCACACCAGAGGAAAGGAAGACUUUGGAAGCCGCGUUGCGGGUAGACCAAGCUGGCGAGAUUGCUGCGAAUUGGAUCUAUAGAGGGCAGUACGCAGUACUCGGACGGGAUAGGAAGACCGGUGAGCUCAUACAGGAUAUGUGGGACCAAGAGAAGAAGCAUUUGGUGGUCAUGGACAAGCUACAGCUGCAACAUAAUGUUCGACCGACAUUACUCACGGACGUUGCGAAGGUGGCCGGGUUUGGGUUGGGAGCAGUCACGGCGCUUAUGGGAAGGGAAGCUGCAAUGGCCUGUACCGAGGCGGUCGAGACAGUUAUUGGGGAACACUAUGACGACCAACUAAAAGAACUGGACGCCAUGUCUACCAAACACCCAAGUAUCCCACUUCUGAAAGAUGUCAUUCGUGAAUUCAGAGACGACGAGUUGGAACAUCUGGACAUUGCGGUGGAGAAUGAUGCACAGAGGGCCCCUGCUCACGCAUUGUUGAGUGCGGUGGUCGGUGCGGGAUGCAUGGUCGCUAUUGAAUUGUGCAAACGCAUCUAAUUAUCGUAGUUUUCUAUGUGACAAUGCGACCUCGAACUUCAGGCG